AUGCGUGCACCUCUUGCCUCUGACUCACUCCCUUGUUGUGCAGCUUGCCUUGGUCGCAACCCCCACAGAACGAUUGAAUGCACAGCCAUGCACACGUGGGACAGGCAGCACAAAACCUUCGCAGAGCGCAUAUGUAAAGCUCUUUGGUUCAAGGAAGGAAAGCAAUUGUGUACAGCCUGGCAAAGAGAUGAGGGAUGCGCCAUGCCCAAGCACGAUUUGAGACACUACUGUUCCGAUUGCAGAGCCACCACGCAUGGAGCCCAGAAGUGUCCUAGAGCACAGAAGGCCAUCCACUGA